AUGACAUUACAAUGGCCUUCCAUUAGUGACCUAGCCGCGCACGUGUAUUUUCCUACAAGUUCUGCCAGGGAUGAAGAAUUUGAAGACUUCUAUUGUCAACUUGAGUCUUCUAUGGCUAAGAUUCCUAAAAGAGAGCUAUUACUCAUCACUGGAGACAUUAAUGCCAAGGUAGGAAACACCACUGGUGAUACAGGCAUACAACAUAUUGUUGGAGACUAUGGCCAUGGUGUUCUCGUUCCGGAGACGGUAAUAAGUUCUCCACGUCCACUCGGCCAGCAAUCUCCUUUGCCCGGUAUCGAAGAGGAGGACGACUCCGACUGGCCUCUCGAGGACGCCGCAGAUUCCACUCUUACUCCCUCUUACAAAAGCACAAAGAGUAGUACUGAUACUGUUUAUACUUCGUCAAGAAGCUCUGGAAAGAAGCGUAGUUUUGGAAGUCCUUCAUCCGUAAAGAUAUGUGUAUCAGCAGCAGCAAGGAAGUCUAACAAAGCACGUAAGCGUGGCUCCAGCACUGCUAGCGCGUCGCCUGCCGGGCAAGUCGGAGACGACGCGCCCGCGACCACUCACGGCAAGAUGCAGGCUGAACAGGGUAGCAUCGGUGAGCUUCAGAAGUAUCACGGGAGAUACCUCAAAAGUCGUCGUCACACUCUAGCAAAUGUUCGUACUUCAGCAACGGAUGUGAAAUGUUUCGGAAUUGAGGAUCUACAAAGUGGUUUAAUCGAGGAAUUCAAGGCUCGUAAAGUUAAUAGGUUAUUAAAGCGGAAAUCCUUUAAUUGCGAUGUUGUAUUUUUAUAGACGUCGGUUACGAUUCCUAUUAUAAUAACCUAAUAAAUUAUUCUGAUAAAUUAGCUGCCUA